AUGGCGUACUGCCAAAGAUUCAUUAACAUACGAGUAAAUAAAUCAACGAUAAAGGGCCCAUUCAGUGCGGAGGAAGUUCAUCAAGCCAAAAUCACGUUAAUAAGAUUAGCACAACUGGAAUUGUUCCCAGAGGAAAUCCACGCGUUAUCUAUAGGCAAGAUAAUAGGAACUCGAAACAAGGUUUCAAGUUUGAAUCCUUUUCUACACAAGGACAACACACUCAAAGUAGGAGGGCGUCUAAGGCAUGCGAACUUUGAUUUUGACAAGAAACAUCCAAUGAUAUUGGCGGCCAAGCACCCUCUAACAAAACUCAUUUUUGAGGAUGAACAUAAGCGAUUGCUGCAUCUCGGCCCUCAAGCAUUGCUAUUACAAAUCAGAGAGAAAUAUUGGCCCAUUGCAGGUCGGAACCUGACGCGUCAAGGUGGAUCAAUGUCUCAAGUGUUUUCGGAUCAUAAAGGAAGAGGAUGUAAGACGCACAAGGCGUACAUCUAUUUAUUUAUCUGCCUGGCUACCAAGGCCAUCCAUUUGGAGCUGGUGUCUGAUCUUACCAGCGAAAACUUCAUUUUGGCACUGCGCAGAUUUACAGCUCGUCGCGGACGACCAGGCAAGAUAUCACCUGAUAACGGUACCAAUUUUGUUGGGGCCUGUUCAGAGUUAAAACUUCUCGGUGAGUUUCUCACAUCGAAUGAAGGCGAAUUGCAGAAUCGUCUUGUAUCAGAAGGAAUUAAUUGGAGCUUUAUACCUGCCUAUGCGCCGCAUUUUGGCGGCAUAUGGAAGUCUGUUACAUGUCGUUCAAAGUGGAAAUCUAACAUCGGCACUCUCAAGGUGGGCGAUUUAGUAUUGGUAAAGGAUGACAGCGCACCUCCUUUGCAUUGGCAGCUCGGCAGAAUAAGCAAGUUGCACCCAUCAGCCGACUCUGUAACACGGGCAGCAACCAUUCGUACGUCUAAAGGCGUUGUGCGUCGUGCUGUAGUCAAGCUAUGUCCUCUACCCAUAGAGACUAAGUCAACAAACAUUGGAAUCGAGCAAUCCAACGACGAUAAAUCACAUCAUAAUUAA